AUGGGAGGGGCCUCAUUGCCACCAGGAUUCCGUUUUCACCCCACAGAAGAAGAACUGAUUGGGUAUUACUUGAAACGAAAGGUUCAAGGGCUUGAAAUCGAACUUGAAGUUAUUCCCGUAAUCAAAUUCUACAAGUUUGAACCGUGGGAAUUGCCAGAGAAAUCAUUCCUUCCAAAUGACGAUAUGGAGUGGUUCUUCUUUUGUCCCCGUGAUCGAAAAUACCCAAAUGGAUCUCGCACAAAUCGAGCAACAAAUGCUGGUUACUGGAAAGCCACUGGAAAAGACCGAAAAGUCCUUUGCCAAUCAUCUCUUUUGGGGUACCGCAAGACCCUCGUCUUCUAUAAUGGACGAGCCCCAACCGGAAAUCGAACAUGUUGGGUCAUGCAUGAGUACCGUUUAUGUGAUGAUGUUUCUCAAGGGACACCAAGUUUUCAAGAACCUUUCGUGUUGUGUCGUGUGAUGAAAAAGAACAAGCAAAGAACAAGUUAUGUUAAUAGUGAACCGGAAACUAAGGGAGGUGGAAGCAGUGAGAGCAAUAUUUCAAGCCCUCUCACUUCUUUUCAGACAAAUGAACCAACUUAUUCGAUUGACCGUAAUGAUCCUCCUAGCUUUCAGGUCUCACCCGACUUGAUUCUUGAAUCUUCAAAGGAAGUAUGCGAAGGAGGAGUAGAAGGGCGUUUUGGGUAUUUCCAACGAAGUGAGAUUCCAAGGGCUCCAUGGCAGUCGUUUGGGAUCUCACCAAGUUCAUCAUACUCGAAUUUUACAGAGGAAGAUGAUUUGAUUCGAUUUGGCAGCAUGUCACCGCUAUAUUUAGGAGACGAAAGCUUGAUGGAAUUCUUUGAAAACGAAGAUCAUGAUUGGACUAAUUCACAUGGAAAUUUGAACCCCUUCUGA